UUUUCAUUGUUGUAUUUUUGCUUCUGAGCUUUGAUUGUUUAAUCGUUGAAUCAAUAUUAUGUCGAAUUCAAACAGUUCACCGGACUUUAUGCUUCCUGUGAAGAGAACAGCUGGAGCGGCGCUAGGAUUUGUUGAUUCCGAGUUGACCAAAAAGCACUGCACCAAUUUCGCAUCCGCAGCUGCCACGUCAUCCGCCGCUUCAUCCACGUUUAAUAUGGCCGGAGGUGAUGGUAUUAACGGAAACAACGGCGUCAGUAACGGCAAGGCGCCGAUCGGCGGUGCUCAGUUAGAGAUCGACGAGGAUCUGCACAGCCGUCAGCUUGCCGUCUAUGGACGUGAGACCAUGCGCCGACUGUUCGCUUCUAAUAUUCUCAUUUCUGGCAUGCAAGGCCUCGGUGCUGAAAUAGCAAAAAACCUUGUUCUUGCUGGUGUUAAAUCUGUCACGCUGCAUGAUACGGGUACCGUGGAGUUGUGGGAUUUCUCUGGCAGUUUUCUUUUCUCCGAAGAGGAUUUGGGGAAAAAUAGAGCUCUUGUAUCUGUACCAAAAUUGCAAGAACUCAACAAUACAGUGAUCAUUUCUACAAUAACUACUGAGUUGACUAAAGAGCAGCUAUCUGAUUUUCAGGCCGUUGUAUUUACUGAUAUCAGCUUAGAGAAAGCGAUUGAAUUCGAUGAUUACUGCCACCAGCAUCAACCUCCAAUUGCUUUCAUCAAGUCUGAAGUACGGGGUCUUUUUGGCAGCGUAUUUUGUGAUUUUGGCCCCGAGUUUACAGUUCUUGAUGUUGAUGGUGAGGAACCCCACACAGGCAUUAUUGCCUCUAUCAGCAAUGACAAUCCUGCCAUCGUGUCUUGUGUUGACGAUGAGAGGCUGGAGUUUCAAGAUGGAGAGCUAGUCGUAUUUUCCGAAGUGCUAGGAAUGACUGAACUGAAUGAUAGAAAGCCAAGAAGAAUAAAAAAUGCAAGGCCUUAUUCAUUCACCAUUGAAGAGGAUACAAGUAACUAUGCUGGGUAUGAGAGAGGUGGUAUAGUCACACAAGUAAAAGAACCUAAAGUGUUGAAAUUCAAGCCUCUGCAACAGGCACUUAAAGACCCCGGCGAUUUUCUCCUAAGUGAUUUUUCCAAAUUUGAUCGCCCGCCUCUCCUUCACUUGGCAUUUCAAGCACUGGAUAAGUUCAUAGUGGAGGUGGGGCGGCCUCCUCUCGCUGGAUCAGAAGAAGAUGCCCAAAAAUUAAUAGCCUUUCUUGCUGAUAUUAACAACAGCCUGCCUGACGGUAGAUUGGAAGAAAUUGACCCAAAGCUUAUUAGGAGCUUUGCUUUUGGUGCUAGGGCCGUGUUGAACCCCAUGGCUGCUAUGUUCGGUGGUAUUGUCGGACAGGAAGUUGUGAAGGCUUGCUCAGGGAAAUUCCACCCGCUUUUUCAGUUCUUCUAUUUUGACUCUGUUGAAUCUCUUCCGACUGAAUCCGUGGAUCCCAAUGACUUGAGGCCCUUGAAUUCUCGUUAUGAUGCUCAAAUUUCAGUGUUUGGAUCGAAGUUGCAAAAGAAACUUGAGGAUGCCAAAGUUUUCAUGGUCGGUUCUGGUGCAUUGGGGUGUGAAUUCCUGAAAAAUGUAGCUUUGAUGGGAGUUAGUUGUGGUGAUGGGGGAAAGCUGACUAUUACAGACGAUGAUGUCAUUGAAAAGAGUAAUCUUAGUAGACAGUUUCUGUUCCGUGAUUGGAACAUAGGUCAGGCGAAGUCAACCGUUGCUGCAACAGCUGCCUCUUUUAUCAACCGUCGUCUUAAUAUUGAAGCUUUGCAAAACCGUGCAAGCCCCGAGAGUGAGAGUGUUUUUGAUGACACAUUUUGGGAGAAUCUUAGUGUUGUCAUCAAUGCUCUGGACAAUGUUAACGCAAGGCUUUACAUCGAUCAAAGGUGUUUAUACUUCCAAAGAGCACUCCUAGAAUCUGGUACCUUGGGUGCAAAGUGCAAUACACAGAUGGUAAUCCCUCACCUAACUGAAAAUUAUGGUGCAUCGAGGGACCCACCCGAAAAACAAGCUCCUAUGUGCACACUGCAUUCAUUUCCACAUAACAUACACCAUUGCUUAACUUGGGCUCGGUCAGAAUUUGAAGGCUUGCUUGAGAAGACACCAACAGAGGUUAAUGUGUAUCUCAAAAAACCAAGUGAAUAUAUAUCUGCUAUGAAACAAGCCGGUGAUGCACAGGCCCGAGACACUUUGGAACGGGUUCUUGAAUGCCUCGACAGUGACAAAUGUGACACAUUCCAGGAUUGCAUCACUUGGGCUCGCUUAAAGUUCGAGGACUAUUUUUCCAACAGGGUAAAACAGUUGACUUACACAUUUCCUGAGGAUGCCGCCACUAAUAAUGGGGCUCGAUUUUGGUCUGCCCCAAAACGUUUCCCACGCCCACUCGAGUUCUCCAACCAAGAUUUGAGCCAUAUUAACUUCGCCAUGGCUGGAGCUAUAUUACGUGCAGAAGCUUUUGGAAUCCCCAUUCCAAACUGGGCGAAGUCUCUGGAGAAAUUCGCUGAGGCUGUCGACAAAGUGAUGGUCCCAGAUUUCCUGCCAAAGAAUAACGUCAGAAUUGUGACGGAUGAGGCAGCGACUAGUCUUGCUACUGCAUCCAUGGAUGAUGCCGAUGUUAUAAAUGAGUUGGUCAUGAAGUUAGAGACGUGCAGGGAAAAGUUAGCUCCUGGUUACAAGAUGAAUCCCAUUCAGUUUGAAAAGGACGAUGACACAAACUACCACAUGGAACUGGUUACCGGACUUGCCAAUAUGAGGGCAAGAAACUACAGUAUCCCAGAAGUUGAUAAGCUCAAAGCCAAGCUUAUUGCAGGUAAAAUAAUCCCAGCAAUCGCAACCUCCACAGCUAUGGCAACAGGACUCGUCUGCCUCGAGCUGUACAAGGUGAUUGACGGCAGCCACAAAAUCGAAGACUACAGAAACACUUUUGCCAAUCUUGCCCUUCCUCUCUUCUCAAUGGCCGAGCCCGUUCCAACAAAGGUCAUCAAAUAUCAGGACAUGAGCUGGUCUGUGUGGGACCGUUGGGUUCUCAAGGGAAGCCCUACUCUUAGAGAGCUGCUUCAGUGGCUCAAAAACAAAGGCUUGAAUGCUUACAGCAUAUCGUUUGGAAGCUGCUUGUUGUUCAAUAGCAUGUUUCCGAAGCACAAGGAGCGAAUGGAUAAGAAGAUGGUCGAUUUGGUGAAGGACGUUGCUAAGUUUGAGCUGCCUCCUUACAGGAGUCAUUUUGACGUGGUUAUUGCUUGCGAGGAUGAUGAAGACAAUGAUGUCGAUAUUCCUCAAGUUUCCGUGUACUACGAAUAGGGUUUGAUGGGCUCUCGUUUUUUAUUCGUGGAAUUGACUUAACACUUAAUGAUUUUAGUUCAUUCAACAACUGAGUGUUGUACUGUGAAUUUGUGCUUAUAAAUUGUUAGCACCCUCUGCUGAAGCUUUGCUUGGGACCACCAUUGUUUGGUUUUCCUUCUGUUACACACUUGUUCAUGAUAUGGUAGAAAUGUUUAAUCCUGCUCCAAUAGUCGA